AGAGCCGCCGUAGCCUGCCGCUCGUCCCGCCUCCAACUCAAAUCACUCAUAGGAAGAUUAUCGAGAUUGUCAAAACGUCCUCUGAACGUGUUUAACAGCAGUCUGACCUUUUAAAUCUACAUAAACUCUGAAAAAAAAGAGAUGUUAGGGACUGAGAGACGAUGGUGAGUUCACGGACGCUCACUGUCAGGGGGAAUAUGCGGUUGUCGGGAGGGAAGUUUUCGAUGUUUUGCUGCCUGGUUGUUCUGACAGCUCAGUUCAGUAAAGCAGAAGGGAAACUGAAACUGAUCGGAGAUACUGCGGCCUGUGACUCCCACGAUAAUAACGCAGUGAGUGUGAGGUCCGUUACAACCUCAUCUGCAGGACCGGAACCAGGAGACCCUGCAGCCGCGUUCACGAUCCGAACUCUGGAUGGAGAGUUUUCCUUCCAGCCCGGAGCCCAGCAGGGAUCUCUCAUCAUCCACGCCUUCACCAACAAGUCCGGGUUUCUCGAGUGUCUGUGGAGCUCCGAGUCGUCCCUGACCAGCCUGGUGCAGGACUUACCGGAGAGUACCCAGGUCCUGUUUCUGUCCCUGGACGACUCUUCGGUCGAUGAUGCUCUGUGGAUGAGGGAGCAGCUGCACCGGGUCGCGGUCCAAAGGUGACCCACAAGACUUUAGUGCAUGUAGUUAAGUGCAUAUACUUUAGUGCAUAUACUUUCAUGCAUGAACUUUAGUGCACAUACUUUAGUACAUAUACUUUAGUGCAUAUACUGUUGUGCAUAUACAUUAGUGCAUAUACUUCAGUGCUUAUAUUUUAGUACAUAUACUUUAAUGUAGGUACUUUAGUGCAUAUACUUUAGUACAUAUACUUUAGUGCAUAUACUCUUGUGCAUAUACCUUAUUACAUAUACUUUAGUGUUGUGUUCAGUUGUGUACCCUACAGUGCCUGAGAACCACCACUGCUGCAAAUAAAAAAUGAUGCAAAAAAAAAAGUCACAAUGGAAGUUAUCAAUGCAAAAAAACAAAAAGAAACUGAAGCCAGCUGCAAAUAAAAAGAAAUGGUGCAGAUAAAAAUUUUUUUAAAAAGCCUCAAUGAAAUUAACGACGCAAAACAAAGUGGCUGUGAAAAUAAAAUGAUGCAAAUAAAAAAAGCGCCAGGGAACUCAUCUAUGAAAUAUUUUCAUAUAAAUCUUUGUCCUACAGUGGUAUUUCUAUGAAAGCUGCUGAAACAAUCAUUCAGUUUAAGCUUUAGUUGCCUGUAUUCUUAAUUUCAUGUGUGACUCUUUUUCCAGCGGUAAGAAGGAGGUCCUGUCCAGGCUGCACAUCUGUCCUCUGCCCGUCUUCACUCUGGGAAACUGGUUACCCAGUGUGCUUUACUACUGGGGCUGCUCAUCUCGCAGCUGUGUCCUCUCUCAGGCUGUUUUCACCUCCGAGGGUCAGUCCGCUGUCGCUUUUUGUCUCUUAUGGGGAGGAAUUCUGCAUCAAAAGUGGUGUUUGUCAAAGUAAUCUAUUGGCAAACUUUGUAAAACAAUAUAACAGUCAAUGAGUGCAUGAAAUACUAGAACGAGGAACAAUUAAGGCAGUGUUUUAGGCUCCCUUUUGUUGUAUAUUAUAAAAUUAUUCCUUCCCAUUGAAAGUGAGUUUUCAGGUGAUACACUAUAUGAAACUUUCUGCAUUCACUGGAGCUCUUACCUCUUUAUUUCUAACACUUCAAAUUUGCACAAACUUUCAGUGCGAAGCAGCAAAUGAACAGUCUUAAUUUUUCUGAGUUUUUUAAUUUUCUGGAUCUACAGGGUGGAAUAUCCCGAUAAUAAUCAAGAGAUUAGACGCCAGGUACGAUUGGCUCAUGACAAGAUGGGGUCCAAAGUCUCAUCAGUUAGUCGAUGCAGGUGAUGGGUGCGAACCUGCCCCCUCUGUGGCGGGCGCUGUUGCCUGGGUGUCCGAGGGUAACUGCUCCUUCUUCACCAAGGUCAGUUCAUAUCAGAGGUAACGGAGCAAGCUGUGUCCAGGGGGUGACGCAUUUGCCUCAGAAAUCGUAUGUGACUCUGUGACUCUGGUUGCUGUGCUUCUUUCCAGGUGGAGAACAUGGCUAAAUCCAACGCCUCCGGUGUCCUUGUCUACGCCAUGUUCGGUAACCCGCUCCAGGACAUGAACUGUGAUGGGGACGAAUGUAACACAACACUCAACAUCCCUGCUUCCAUGGUGCACUAUGAGCCUUCAGUCGCUCAGGCGCUUCAGUAAGGAUUAAACCCAUCCUCUGUUCGGCUCAUAACAUCCUUUUGACAUAGAUAAACAGAACAUUGUGAAGGUUAAAGGGAUAUUCUGCUAUUUUCCAGAAGUGAGGUUAGAUAAAUUAUGUGUCACAAGAAAGCCCAUUCUGUUUUGCAUGGUUUGCAGACAAAUAUAUACAUAAAUGACUGAUAUAUUGUGAAUUUUGGUAUUUUAUGUACCCCAAUGUUGGCAGUUUUGCUUCUAGUACCCUUACUUGUGACAUGUGACUCAAACGACCCUGCUAAAAAAUACUGAAAUAGCCCUUUAAAAUAAUUUGACUCAUAAUUUUUCUAGUUUUAUCCUUCAUAAAAUCUGAAUUUCUUUCCUUGCAUUGAUGCUUUUCACGGUGGCAGGAUUUAUUGAAGUUCAUGUGGUUUGCAGGUCUGGACAGCAGUUGUAUGUGACCUUCCAGAUCACCCCCUCCCCAACUUUCUUCUUCAGUAUUGACCAGCAGGGGGUGCUGGCUGAGAUGGGCUGGUUUCUUUACCCCUCGUUCAGCUUCCUCAACUGGCAGGCACAGUGGUAGGUUCAAGGUUCAAGGUCAACUUUAUUAUCCACGUGAAGGUGAUUUAAUUAUUAUAUUUAAAAAUGUAAUGAUUUUUUAUUUCGCUUUGGCUUUAAAUUGUUUUUGUUUUCUUAAGUUUGGUCUAGUUUUCAAUCGUCCUCAAAUGCUUAAAUGUUGCUCAGUUUUGAUAAGUUUUAGAGUUGCUUUUAGGUUUUCUUGUUUUGGGAAACUUGUCAAUGGUAAGAUGCAGAAGAGCCAAAAAGAUAUUGCAGAGACAGAACAGAAAAUGUCAUAUCGUUAGAAAAAUACAUACAGAUGAACAACCACAAUCAUCUACCAAAGAAAGCCUCAGAGUUAGGGGUGCCCCCUUUUUUUACCUGAUUGGUCACCCCAAGAUCCUAACCGAUUUGCCUUGACAGAGGCAGAAACUUGAACACUGGUCAUUUGUGAGCCAUGAGACUCCACUUAAGACAGUCCAUGAGGGCCUUGUGUCAGUGAGGGUGCUUGUGUCAAAGAUGAAAAUGAAAGAAAGCUUCUUUAUGAUUUCAUUUGAUUUUAGUUUGUGUUGUAAACAAACAGUCAGUGUCAGUUUUUCUAAAUCCUCAUCUGAUGUUUUUGUGAUUUUAGUUUUCUUAAUUUUGUUCCUUUCAAUGAUAACCUUGAGCAGUCAUUGUGCAAGGUCUUCAUCUGCGACUUUUGUCUCCAGGUUUGAUUUUUAUGCAGAUCUGCUCAUGAAGCUUCGGAGACCCGCAAAGGUUGUUCCUGUUUUUGACAAAGUCCUGAUGCAGGGGGAGAAAGGAGCCGUGGCUACAGUCGACAUGCCUGCAGGUAAUUUCAUUGACAGGAAACAGGUUUAAAGAUUUACUAACAGACUGUGGGUUAGGUCUUAUCCUGUGUAAUCUAAAGAGUCCAGAGACAAAUCCAAAACGACCAAACACUUGUUGAAAAAAUCCUUUUAAUGGCUGUGAAUGUUGGAUGAAUGCAGAUGGCAUAAUCCUGCAAAGAAAGUCCAGCUCUAUUCACAAACUUUAUCAGCAAACAAACCGAUAAUGAUAAAAACCAUAACACUCAGACACCCUGAUCCAAAAGGUCCAUUAGAGAACUAACACUGCUCUGAGAACCACAGUCAGCUGAAACAGAGGGUCAGGAACCGUGCAUUAGAGCAUCAGUGUGAACUCGUAAUGCUGCGAUGAAUGAGCUUUUUAACACCACAUCUCUCUGCAGGACUCUUGGACUAUGACCUGCUGGAGCUCGACGCGUCCCUGUUGUGUCCCGGAAAGAGAGACUCCACCUGCGCUCACUGGGAUCACACGGUGCAGCUGUUCGUGUGCUGCGAUCAAACCGGUCCGUACUGCAACACGGAGCUGGGUCGAUGGAUCACCGCCUUCAGGAGGUAAAACAUAAUUGGUCAUGUGUCUCUGAAGCUGCUAGUUUUUGCUUCUUAGACUUUUUAGUUGAUAAGUUUCUGUGUUUCAUUCUGGCAGAGGUACUGGGCGCUGGCUGACAAAUGUGUCCCCCCUGCGCCCCCUGCUGGACGGCAGCAAAUGCACCCUCACUAUGAAGACAGUGCCGUGGGCGAUGCCGUGGUUCGUCUCCCUUAACCUGAGAUUCAGUAUCAGCAAUGAGACAGGUAAACACUCAAUAAAUACCCUUUUAAUUUAUAGUACACUCUACAUAUGAUCACAUAUAAGAUAAACUUUGUGGAGAUGAAAUCGAAGCCACCUUUCAGCCGCUGCAGCUGCAGUCGAGCUUCAUCAUAGAUUACUGAAAACAGCCUCGUCUCGAUCGCCCCAUGCUGAUUUCCCCUCAGAAAAAAAACGUCCCGCUGAGAUCUGAGCUCUCCCUCUGUCACAGUGAGAGAGAUGUGACAGAUGUGACGUCCCCUCAGAACCUUUUCGCUCCCUUUUUUUAUCUCACCGGAGAACUUUUUAAUAGCAGAGAGGAGGAAACUCCCUGCAGGAAAGAACAGACUGUCAGUAAAUAGUUUGGAUUAAAAUAAGACGCCCUGGAAAGAUGUGUCUUGUAGUUCCUGGAAAUAUUCUGACUUAGUGUUUGACACAAAGGAUAAUGGGCCUGUCGGGCAUCAGAUGUGCCAGUAAACUCCGCAGGAAUCAUCUGACAGCUCUUGGUUUGUUGAUCUAGUAUGAAUGAAGUCGGAUGUGGUCCAGGACUCACAAGUACGACCACCCACGAAUCUCUGCGGGGAAAAAUAACUAAUUUAAGCUUCAUCAACAUGCACCUGCACAGUCUGAGGACAACAUGCUGUUUCUUUAUGCCUCAAAGCUACAGGAAACUUCACCGAUGAUGGUGAAGAGGAGAGGCUGCAUCCUUUCAGACUCAUGCCUCUGUACAGCGGGGGAACCUUCGACAAAAACUACAACAAGAGAUUCAAGCCGAUCAAAUUCGCCGUCCCACCGUCAACCAAGAAGGUGACAAAGAUCUGCUCUGUGAUGCUUUUGAAGACCUUCCUGUAAAUCUGUCCCAGUUCAGCAGCUGUCAGUCUGUGUGCGUCUGCAGGUCGAGCUGUACGCCGUCAUCACAGCGCACGGCAGCGACGACAACAGCUGUGGAGAGUUUUGUGUCACCUCCCAUCACUUUCUGUUCAACGCUUUUUACAACAACACACUCAUAUUUGACUCUGCAGGUGAGAAAGGUCGGCCUUUGGUGAGGGUUUACUGAAGGUAGAAGAUGAGACUGUUUUAAAUCAAAGUGGAGCUGUUCAAACACAUGAGGUUGUUGCUGUGACCUUUUAGGAUCACCUCUGGGCUGUGCCAUGAGGGUCAAAGAGGGCGCGGUGCCGAACGAACACGGCACAUGGCUGUACGGGCGAGGAGGCUGGUGUGACGGACUGCAGGUGGAUCCCUGGAGGAUCGACAUCACCAAGCAGGUACAGCCUCUCCAUCCUUACAACCUUCAAACCUGAUCAUCGUUUCUUUUUUGUUGGAGUAAAAACUGACUGAAUGACAGGUAGUACUGAGAAUGAACACUUUACUAUCUGCCAUCCACCGUGUAAUAAGCAGAUAUUUUUUCAUUAAGCAAAAACAGGGGUUCAAAAAAAGCAACAGGAGUACUUUAAAAGUCCGGGAGAUAACAGCUACAUGCUCUUCCAUUCAUCACGUCCACUUACGGUAAUGAUACAUCUUUGCUCUCAGCGCAGAUGUAUUCAGGGUCAUUGGGGGACAAGCUGAAAUCCCUGAUGGCUCCUCUUCCUACACUAGAUUCACAAGAAUCUGUUAUAAAGGUCUCACUGAAGUAAGCCUAUUAGACAGAAAAAGUGCUUAAGGAUUCUGGAGUGAGUUAUUAACCCUCAAAACUCUCCAUAUAAUCAUGUACAACUCUUAGACUUUCUCCGCCGGGAGCUCUUUGAUUGCCUCUGCAGUUAUCUGCAGCACAGUCCUGAGAUCUCAGAUUUGACUGCAAGAUUGCAGAAGUACACGUCUCACCUCAUGACUGAUUGUGAUUGGUGCCUUUUAUCUGUUACAAUAAGAAAAUUGGGUCUCUUUCCAAAGCUGUUCAUGAUUAUAAAAAGCUCCCUGUCCUGCUUCAUUGUUCGCAAAAAGCAGCCUCUAGUGUUAAAGGGAAAUUCCAGCGUAAAUUUAAGUUAGGGUGGAACACACCAUAACACCGGGUAAGACACCCCCUCCAGAGAUGAAUGUUGCCGACUGCUUGCUUCUCUAGUUCCAACUUUAGUAACGACCGCACGAUAGCAAUACACAGCGGUCUACAUCAACUGAACAUAUAGGGUCCCAGCCAUAGUACCAGCCACCAAACAUCUUUUUAACUUUGACUAAUUUCUUUAGCAAAAUGACUAAACACAACUCACCCACUCUCCUCCAGCAGCCGCUUGUUUGUGGGGGAGCCCUGACGAGUCGAUCAUUGAGUGCAAAAACCUUCAGCUUUGGUGUCCUCUUUGAAUGCCAAGAAAUCCCCAUUGGGUUUAAUGGUAAAAUGCCCAUUUUAACAGCAAGAUUUAACAUAUUUACAGGAGAAGUGUGUCAGCAAAUAUCUGAAAAGUUAUUACUCUCACUAUUCAGUUAAAGGAAUAGUUGCACUUACAAGGGCUGUAUCUCAGAUCGAUGAUUGCUGACAUGCUUUAAUUCUUCACUACCUGGAUGUAAACAGGCAGAGAUGACGAGACUGAACAGUUUGGCAGCAUUUUGAUCUAGAAAACAGAGAUAAAGUUGUAUGUAGGCUGAGUGUGGUUAAACUGGAGCAAUGCAUAAGCAGCACAGGCAUGAGGACGUUAACCUGCAGGGACGACUGGAAGCUGAUGGUGUGAGCUCGGUCAAACAUCGAAUGAAUGAUAUUGUCCAAGUUCACCUUCAAAAAUUACAGUUACUGUCUUUUUGUGUGUCUUUAUAAAAUCUAAUUUCAUAUUUUCUUAAUUUCUCUUUCCUUUUCCAAUCAAACAGUGUGCAUCUUUCAUAGUUUUCUAUCUUUUUCAGCUCGACGUCAGCGGAUCUGAAUCCAACACCGUCGUCUACUUCGGCUUGUUUAACGGGACCGAUCCAAACCCGACCAAAGAUCCCGGAUACAUCAUCAUGUCUUCUUUUCUUGUCUUCUAUAAAUGAUGCCUCUCUGAUAAUUUAAGAUUUAAAUAUUUCUGUGAAUGGAGGACUGUGUGUACAAUCAAGCCAAAGAUUAAAUGUCUAUUUUCGGACUGCU